GCCCGCUUUCAGUUUCGAGAGCUGAGCGCCGGGGAGGGAGCGCCGGGGCCGGAGCGCGGCGGUUCCAGAGACAGGAAGUCCCCAGACCAAAAUGCCAGCAGAUCCAGGCUGGCGAGGACACCCUACCUUUGGAAAUGGCCAGCGUCUCCUUGUAUCCUCAUGAGGAGCCUGUGCUAUGGAAACAACCUGCAAAUCCAGCUCAGAGCGCAGGACAUGGCUCAGGGCCAGCUCCUCAUGGACCACGUUAGCUUCCAGCUGGGUACCACUAACCUGUGGAGCUGGCUCGUGAGGCUGCUCAGUAAAGACCCAGAAUGGCUGAAUGCCAAGGUGAAGUUCUUCCUCCCCAAGAUGGACCUGAGCUCCGGGGACGAGGCCCAGGACACCACACAGAGGGUCAUGCUACAGCUCAGAAGAUUGCACACCCAAGGUCGGGCCACUUGGCAGGCAUUCAUCCACUGUGUGUGCAUGGAGCUCGAUGUGCCCCUGGACCUGGAGGUGCCACUGCUGAGCACUUGGGGCCAUGGAGAUGGGUUCCCCAGCCAGCUGGGGGCUGGUGAAGAAAGCCAACCUGCCUCUCAGCUCCACCACGGUCUGAAGCGGCCUCAUCAGAGCUGUGGGUCCUCACCCCGCCUGAAGCAGUGCAAGAAUCAUCAGCUCGAGUUGGCCAGGAGGUACCUGAAGUUGCUGAGGACUUCUGCCCAGCAGCGCUACAGCAGGAUUCCCGGGCCGGGGCAACCCCUUGCCUUCCACCAGGCCUACAUCCCCCCAAUCCUGCAGUGGAGCCGGACCACGGCCCCCUUCAGUGCUCAGGACGGGGCUGUAGUGGGGGACCCCAAGGCAGAAGAUGACACGGACGUGAGCAUCCGGGACCUCUUCAGCACCAGGGCCGACAAGGGCCCGAGGGUGACGGUGCUCCUGGGGAAGGCAGGCAUGGGCAAGACCACGCUGGCCCACCGGCUCUGCCAGAGGUGGGCUGCUGGCCAGCUUGACCGCUUCCAGGCUCUGUUCCUGUUUGAAUUCCGUCAGCUCAAUCUGAUCACCAGUUCCGUGACGCUGCCCCAGCUGCUGUUUGACCUGUACCUGAGCCCCGAGGCGGGCCCCGACUCGGUCUUCCAGUACCUGGAGGAGCAUGCUGGAGGAGUCCUGCUGAUCUUUGAUGGGCUGGACCAGGCCCUCCACUCGCAUUCCAGCACGGAGCCUGAAGGCCCCGAGGCCCCAAGUCCGGCCCUUGCCCUCUUCUCCGGGCUCUGCCGGGGGACCAUCCUGCCUGGCUGCUGGGUUUUGGCCACCUCCCGUCCAGGGAAGCUGCCCGACUGCCUGCCCACAGAGGCAGCCACGGUCCACAUGUGGGGCUUUGACAGGCCACGGGUGGAGGAGUAUGUGGGCCGCUUCUUCAGUGACCAAGAGUGGCAGGAAGCAGCCCUAGCAGAGCUGCGAGAAAACAGGCAUCUCCAGAGCAUGUGUGCGGUGCCUGCACUGUGCCAAGUCACCUGCCUCUGCCUCCACCAUCUGCUCCCAGGCAACUCUCCAGGCCAGUCUGCAGCCCUCCUGCCCACCGUGACUCAGAACUAUGUACAGAUGGUGUCCACUCUCAGCCCCCGUGGGUACCUGCCUCCCGAGUCUCUGCUGGGCCUCAGUGAGAUGGCUCUGAGGGGCCUGGAGACUGGGAAGGUUAUCUUCUCUGUAGGCGACAUCUCUCCACCCAUGGUGGCUUUUGGGGCAGCCCUCGGCUUGUUGACCUCCUUCUGCAUCUGCACAGGCCCUGGGCACCAGGGUAUAGGCUAUGCCUUCACCCACCUCAGCCUACAAGAGUUUUUUGCCGCCUUGUACCUGAUGGCCAGCCCCAAGGUGGACAAAAAUGUACUUGCCCGCCAUGUCACCCUCAAUUCUCGCUGGGUGCUACGGACCAAAGCUAGACUAGGCCUCUUAGACCACCUCCCCACCUUCCUGGCAGGGCUGGCAUCCUGUGCCUGCCGACCCUUCCUUAGCCAUGUGGCCCAGCAGGAUGAGAUGUGGGUGAGUGACAAGCAGGCUGCAGUGAUGCUGGCUUUGAGGAAGUUGGCCAUUCGCAGGCUCACAGGACCCAAGGUUGUAGCACUCUGUCACUGUGUGGGUGAGACCCAGGAGCCUGAGCUGGCCAGCCUCAUGGCCCAAAGUCUCCCCAGUCACCUGUCCUUCCACAAUUUCCCACUGACCUAUACGGACCUGUCUGCCCUGACCAACAUCUUGAGGCACAGGAAUGCCUCCAUCCACCUGGAUUUUGAGGGCUGCCCCCUGGAGCCCCACUGCCCCGAGGCCCUGGCAGGCUGUAAGCAGAUAGAGAAUCUCAGCUUUAAGAGCAGGAAAUGUGGGGAUGCCUUUGCAGAAGCCCUCUCCAAGAGCCUGCCAACAAUGGAGAGCCUGAAGAAGCUCGGGUUAGCAGGAUGUAAGAUCACUGCCCGAGGCAUCAGCCACCUGAUGCAGGCUUUGCGCCUCUGUCCACAGCUGGAAGAGAUCAGCUUCCAGGACAACCAGCUGAAGGAUAGGGCCGUGCUGAAUAUCGUGGAAGUACUUCCUUCUUUGCCACGGCUCCAGAAGCUUGACCUGAGCCGCAGCAAUGUCUCCGUGUCAACCUUACUCUGCUUGACAAAGGUGGCGGUCACAUGCCCUACUGUCAAGAUGCUACAGGUCAGGGAGACGGACCUCAUCUUUCUUCUUUCCCCGCCCACAGAGACUGCUGCAGAGCUUGGAGCAGCACCAGAUCUACAGGGAAAUGCCAUCCAGAGGAAAGAGGCUCAGAGCAGAAGCCUGGCACUCAGGCUCCUGCAGUGCCAGCUCGGAAUUCAUGAUGUGCAGGAGCUCAUUGCCCAGCUCCGGGAAGGUCCCCGCCUGGAGGAAGUAAACCUUUCAGGAAACCAGCUGGAUGAUGAAGGCUGUCGACUGAUGGCAGAAGCUGCAUCCCAGCUGCACAUCACCAGGAAUCUAGACCUCAGCAACAACGGGCUAUCUGUGGACAGGGUACACUGUAUGCUGAGUGCGGUGAACACAUGCCAGAACUUGGCAGAGCUUCAUAUCAGCCUGCUGCAUAAAACUGUGGUCUUCACAUUUGCCCCAGAGCAGGAGGAGCAGGAGGGGAUCUGGAAGAGGACUGCGCUUCGGGACAGCCUCACGCACCAGGUGCCCUUUGAGCUGCCCCUGCGCUCCACGAGGAUCAGGCUGACACACUGUGGCUUGCAAGCCAAGCACCUAGAGCAGCUCUGCAGGGCCCUGGGAGGAAGCUGCCACCACAGUCACCUGGACCUCUCAGGCAAUGCUCUGGGGGAUGAAGGCGUGGCCCAGCUGGCUCAGCUGCUCCCAGGGCUGGGUGCUCUGCAGUCCUUGAACCUCAGUGAGAAUGGUUUGUCCCUGGAUACAGUGUUUAUUUUGAUCCAGUGCUUCUCGACUCUGCAGUGGCUUCUUCACUUGGAUAUCGGCUUCGAGAGCCAGCACGUCGUCCUGAGAGGUGACAGAAGAGGCAGGGAUCGAUUGGCUGGUGGAUGUCCGCCAGAGUUCCUAGCUGGAGUCCCAUUCUUGGCCUUUGAUCAGUGCUGCGUCCCCAAGAGCUUCUGCCUCAGGCAAUGUCAGCUGGAGCCCCUGAACCUCACCCGCCUCUGCGAGACUCUGGAGAAGUGCCCCGGGCCUCUGGAAGUCGAAUUGUCCUUUGAGGUCCUGAGCGACCAGAGCCUGGAGACCCUGCUGCAGCACUUACCCCGGCUGCCCCAGCUAAGCCUGCUGCAGCUAAGCCAGACGAGGCUUUCCCCAAAGAGCCUCCUCCUGCUGGCCGACCUCUUCAGCUUAUGCCCCCGGGUUCAGAAGGUGGAUAUCAGGUCCCUGUAUCACAUGACACUGCACUUCAGGUCUGGCGAGGAGCAUGAAGGCGAGUGCUGUGGCAGGUUCACGGGCUGUGGCCUUAGUCAGGAGCAUGUGGAGCCGCUCUGCUGGUUGCUGAGCAAAUGCGAAGACCUCAACCAGUUGGACCUCUCAGCAAACAUGCUGGGUGAUGACGGGCUCAGGUGCCUCCUGGAAUGUCUGCCUCAAUUGCCCAUCUCUGGUUCGCUUGACCUGAGUCACAACAGCAUCUCCCUAGAGAGUGCCCUGGGCCUGGUGAAGACACUCCCCUCCUGCCCGCACAUCCGGGAGGCUUCUGUGAACCUGGGCUCUGAGCAGAGCUUCUGGAUCUACUUCUCCCGAAAGGAGGAGGCCGGGAAGACACUAAGGCUGAGCCAGUGCAACCUCAUGCCAGAGCAUGUGCCCAGACUGGCCACCCACCUGAACCAGGCCCUGAAGCUGACAGCGCUCACGCUGACCCAGUGCGGCCUGGGCCUGGAGCAGCUGAUAGUUCUCCUGAGUCUGCUGAGAUGUCCAGUGGACCUGUUCACUCUCAGGGUGGAGGAGCCGUGGGUAGGCAAAGCCGGGGUGCUCGCCCUGCUAAGAGUCUGCACCCAGACCUCAGGCAACAUCACUGAAAUAAGCAUUUCGGAGACCCAGCAGCAGCUCUGUCUCCAGCUGGAGUUUCCCCCUCAGGAGAACCCAGAAGCCGUGACGCUCAGGUUGGCUCACUGUGACCUUGAGACCCACCACAGCCUUCUUGCUGGGCAGCUGAUGGAGACAUGUGCCAGGCUGCAGCAGCUCAGCUUGUCCCAGGUGAACCUCUGCGACUCCAGCUCCCUGCUGCUAAAAAACCUCCUGGUGUCUCUCUCUGAGCUGAAGACAUUCAGACUGACCUCCAGCUGUAUGAGCUCCAAGGGCCUGGCCCACCUGACAUUUGGCCUGAGAAACUGCCACCACCUGGAGGAGCUGGACUUGUCCAACAAUCAGUUUGGUGAGGAGGACACUGAAGUCCUGAUGACGGUCCUUGAGGGCAAGUGCUGGCUGAAGAAGCUCGACCUCAGCCAUCUCCCACUAGGCAGCUCCACCCUGGCCAUGUUCACUCAAGGACUAAGCCACAUGACCCUCCUACAGAGCCUCCGGCUGAGCAGGAACGGUAUUUGUGAUGUCGGCUGCCACCAACUUUCCGAGGCCCUCAGAGCUGCCAUGAGCUUGAAGGAGCUGGGCUUGAGCCACAACCAGAUCAGAGACACCGGUGCCCAGCACUUAGCUGCUGUCCUACCAGGACUGCCGGAGCUCAGGAAGAUAGACCUCUCAGGGAAUGGCAUUGGUCCAGCUGGAGGGACGCGGCUGGCAGAGUCCCUCACCCUCUGCAGGCACUUGGAGGAGCUGAUGCUUGGCUACAACGUCCUGGGGGAUACCACAGCCCUGGGCCUGGCCCAGGGACUGCCCUGCUGCCUGAGGGUCCUGCACCUGCCGUCUAGCCGUCUGGGCCCAAAGGGAGCGCUGAGCCUGAGCCAGGCCCUGGAUGGAUGCCCACAUGUGGAAGAGAUCAGCUUGGCAGAGAACAGUCUGGCCAGAGGGGUCCUGCAUUUCUGUCAGGGGCUCCCCCUGCUGAGGCAGAUAGACCUGGUUUCGUGUGAGAUCGACAACCACACCGCCAAGCCCCUGGCUGCCAGCCUGGUGCUCUGCCCAGCCCUGGAAGAAAUCCUGCUGUCCUGGAAUCUGCUCGGGGACGAGGCGGCUGCCGAGUUGGCCCGGGUCCUGCCGCAGAUGGGCCGGCUGAAGAGAAUGGACCUGGAGAAGAAUCGGAUCACAGCUUGUGGAGCCUGGCUCCUGGCUGAAGGGCUGGCACAAGGGUCUGGCAUCCAAGUCAUUCGCCUCUGGAACAAUCCCAUCUCCCCCACCAUGGUCCAGCAUCUACAGAGCCAGGAGCCCAGGCUGGACUUCGCUUUCUUCGACAAAUAGCCGCAAGCCCUUCAGGGUACUUGAUGGCCUCCUCAAGAUCCUUUGAGUCCAGCCAAGUGAAGCCAACUUCCACUCACCAGGACAGAGGGCUCAGGAAAAGAGCCUCAGCUGGGUGCCUCUGUGUGCUGUCCCGGGAGGGAGGGCAAUAUUUGUCAGGCUAGAAUCUUCAGCAAGGGACCAGGGGCCUAGUAUGACCAGGAGACUACCCUGUAUUGCAUGGAACACAUAUGACCAGUCAGGAACAGUCGCACUAUGUGAAAGUGUCAUGAUGUGGUAUGUGACACAGAAGGCCACAUGAGGCCGAAUCCUAUGCAAGGUUACCUGGGACUUGCAGUAUGGCCCGUGGGCCAGUGGCAUGGGUCCUGGCACCACACGUGGCAGGACAUGUGGUCUGUGGUUCAUAUAUGACAUGUGAUGAAUGUUCCCAUCAUAUGACAUGGCUGGCCAGGUACCCUCAGGCUGGUAUAAAAUCUAAUUUAUGACUUUUUAAAAGGCAAGUAUGUAUUUAUACAUUGCAUUUUCAGAGUAGCUAGCUAAGCCAGGGAAUGUUCUCCACCCAGAAAUGGGAUGAGGAGAGUGUCCAAGCACUGACUAGCCCAGUGGCCUGAGGGCCAAGCCAGGGACUUGGCCACGAGGCUUUUGGAUGAGUCCCCUCUUGCCUCAAGCCUCUGUGUCCCCACUUGUAAAUGGGAUGACUCUCCUCCUCUUAAAUGCUGGAUUCCAAAGACUUUGAGCCCAGAUCUAGAUACAGGGCUUGGGAAUGGACAGGCCAAGUCUAACCUGUGUAAUGGAAAAGGCCAAGUCUAAGGGUGUGGGGGCAGGAACUACCAAGAUGAUCAGGCAAGGCCACUGGGUCCAGCCACUACCUCAGCAGGAUCCGGGUGAGCUCCCAGGGGCUGCACGUGCUAUGUGAUGUAUUUGUUACUUUCAAGAAGGCCCAAGGAUGGCCCUUCCACACUUUAAGCCAAAUUAGACCAAUAAAUGUGGAUCGUGUCUUAGCCUCUACCCUGAGUCUGAUGUGUCCUGCUAAUACCCAAGGUCAGGAGUGGUUUACCCCCUGCCCCAGGGACUGGAGAGAAGGACAGACCACAGAGAGGUGAACAGACAGGAGCACAGGCUUAGGAGUCAGGAGACGUGGGGCCAAGUGCAGACCCUGUCUCCGUAUGGUCAUGGGCUUGUGGGCAAGUUGCCUCCCCACUCCGGACUCAAGUCAGCAGCACCAAGAGGAUAUUAUACAAGCUCAAGGUGUUAGAAACAUUCUUUGUUUGACUUGCAUUAAAUUUAAACUCGUUUCUGAA